AUGGGAGGAAGAAUCCACGGGUUCCUCGGAGGUGUAUUGCUCACUUCAGCUUUUGCAUAUUACACUGGAGAAUAUAUCCGCAAAAACGAACAAUUUGUGUCUCAGCAAUUGAGAUCGGCCAACAAUAUCAUACAGAAUAAAAUUCUCACUGACAGAGACUUGAUCAACGAGUCCGUGCCAAAGUCAUCGCAUUCUAUCUCCACUCAGCGUGUGAGUGUUACGGAAACAGCCAAGGACAUCUGGAAUGAUGAAAUCAUCAAGAUGGUCAAUUGGGUGUAUUCUAUAAAUUGGUACCAGGCUGGACUUACUGCCGAUAGAAAAGUAUUAGAGUUUGCUGAUAAGCUCGUGGCCUCGGUGUCUGAGAAAAAGUAA